UUCUAUUCUUUGACUGUGAGUGAGUGUUGCGAAGGUCACCAAUUUACAAGCUUGCCGCAAGAACCAUGACACAUAGCUUCUGUCAUUUUCUUUGAGACAAGGUAUCCUUUGUCUUGCAGCGGCUGCCACUGAUUCUUGAAGACUUCCCACGGGAGCAGCGAGCACCUGAAAUCCAGGGGAAAAAAUAGACCCCAUGCCGUCGCUCAUUCUCAUCACCAACACCUGCAUGUCCAGCCCAGAAUCACCGACACUUGCCAUAAAUGAGCACUCGCCGCGAUCGAGUGGGGUACGCAGCUUUCGACGAUCGUCCACUACCCGAAAACUCGUCAAUUGGUUGCGACUUCCCCUUUGGCUGGUUGCUUUGACCGCAUUGCAAGUCUGGAAUACGCCCGAUCGAGAAAUCACUUUUGCCAAUAUCAGCAACGCGAGCGAUUUACAGUACCUCGCCCAAUCCAUGUUGCUCGCUACGUCCUUCCAUACGGAUGAAUCCAACGGUAUUCCGAUGCAAAAUGUGACGGCGACACAGCAGUCAAACAGUAUCCAACGGAGUCGCCGCUUUCCGUCUGUGGCCGAAAGAGUCCAGUUGUACAUGUCUGAUUGGUACGAUCCGCCGUGCCGCCUGGAUCGAGACGGCUUCGGAUAUAGAAGAAUUCCAAAGAAAGGAAAGAUUCGCUUGUAUCAUACGAACACUACGACGCUCGAAGUGAACUCGACCGUCCGAGGCAGGUACGUCUUUUACGGAAGCUUGCCGACCGUGCGUGAUUGCGCGACGGGUAGUGUUCGAGUCGAACUUCGCCACCAAGUUUACUGCCAAGACAUUCUGGCUUCUUUCGUUCCAGCAAUAGAACGCUUAGGGUGGAGCGAGGAUACAGCCACAUCGUUGUCCUACGCGGACAGCUCUACUCCACCCCCGUUCUUGUUUCAGUUGGGCGACUCUGAAACACCCCGACAUAUGGCAUACGUCCCGCAUCUGAAAAAAUUUCGACGUGCGUUAGAUCACACCAAGUUGCAACUUUCCGCCACGUCGAGCCAAUGUUUUCAAGGGAAUCGCCGUGCCCAUCCAUCCAAACCGCCGUCAGCGAUUUUAUGGAAACUGAAUGUGAAACGUCACUACAGGCAAGUUUACGACGUUUCUUAUCUGGACGUUCCAUGGGAAGAGAAAUUGGAGAAGGCCAUUUUCUGGGGCGGUCCGAAUGGCUUUACCGGCGAUCAGCGAGUGCUGCUCAGUAUAACGGACGACCUGGAACGUUGUCUAGCGAUACCUCGUUGUCAACUCGUAUACGAACACGCCAAUUCAACCGUAGUUGAAGCCAAACUGACUACCACACGAGGGCUCUUCCCGGAUACCGUUCGUGGUGUCUUGCUUGCCGCUGGCCGCCGUCGGCUCCAAGAUUUACUACGGUACAAGGCGCUCGUCAUGUUGGAAGGUAACGAUGUUUCCUCUGGCUUAAAAUGGGCAAUGUACUCAAAAUCCGUUGUCAUUAUGCCCCGCCCUACUCGAACUUCUUGGUUAAUGGAGGAACUUCUGCAACCCUGGAUACACUACGUACCGAUCCGGGAUGAUUUGUCGGAUCUGGAGGACCAAACCCGAUGGGUUUUGGAGCAUAGCGAGGAAGCCCAACGCAUUGCCGAACGCGCUACCACCUGGAUGGAUGAUUUGUUAUUCCAUGUGGAUGCAAAGAGAGAUGACGAACAGAUCAAUGCCGAAAUACUUCGGCGAUACGCCGCUCAUUUUUACCACAAAGUAGCAAGUCAAAAACAACAUUAUUCUGGCU